AUGGGAUCCUUCAUCUCGUUCUUGAUUUUCACCUUGUGUUGCUCCUCGUCGUUCUCAUUGGUGCAUAGCUUCGACAACACUGCGAGCGACUCACUCAAUUCAUUAGUCCAAGAUUUCGCUUUACGAUCAUUCAUCAAACACAGGCACCGCCAUCAAACCGGUGCCGUCUACGAUGCUCUUCUUCCUCGGAACCUUUCCGGCAUGAAUGCAUCGGUGGUUCGCCUUCGAAGCCGGAGGCUCUGGAGCAAAGGUGCGAACUUCGGUUACUUUAGGAUCCCACCAAAAACAGCGUCCAUUCCCCAUGUGAAGAGGUUGGCCAUUGUGUACCAAGACUUUGGCAACUGGUCUUCCCGCUACUACAAUUUGCCAGGCUAUUCACUGAUCUCUUCUGUUGUUGGAUUCAUGGUUUUCGAUGCAUCAAAUGUAACGGACACAAAUGUGAGGAACCUCACUCUCAACACAAUGGGGAAACCCAUAUCUGUUAUAUUCCCCAAUGUUACUUUCAUGGGUGGCGUCAUUUCAAGGGCAAGGUGUGUGGACUUCCUCUCCAAUGGAACAUUCCAUCUUACCGAGAUGGGCUCCCAUGGCGUGUGUUACUCCAGAGAGCAGGGUCAUUUCUCAAUUGUUCUGCCUCUGGAGAAGAAGAAGAGGCCAUGGUAUCUGUGGCUGAUUGGCUUUGUGAUUGGGUUUUUCGGGUUGAUUGCAGUGGUUUAUGUAGGGGUUCUUUGUUUGAGACUUGUGAAGGCUAAAAGAAUUCAGGACAUGGAAAGACAGGCCAAUGAAGAUCUGGUUCUUGAAAGUAGAUGGGUUGGAAACAGUAAAAUGCCUUCUGCAGCUGUCACAAGAACUCAGCCAGUUCUUGAGAGUGGUGUUCAGUAG